AUGGUAAGUAUGAAGUGUUUGAUAUUUCCAAUAAUUUUUGGAAUUUUGGCUUCAACUCCAAUAUUUGCUGACGACGAUUUGGAGACUUAUGAUUUUUUCGAGGUAACAGAAUGCGUUGAUCAUGGAUUUCUUUGUAACCCCGAUCUUGAAAAUCCAUGCUGUGAAAAUUUUACCAUAUGUGAUUUGUAUGAUUGGCCAAAUCAGUAUUACUGUUUAGGCAAUGGUACAUUACAAGACUAUUGUGAGAAUGACAUAGAUUGCAACUUGGUACACAACACGAUUUGUUCUGAAAAUAAAUGCGUUUGCACUGAAAAUUAUACGCCAUUAAAUGCCACAGCAUGCGGAUCAUUAAUAAACGGUGGCUGUGAAGUUGAUGAGCAAUGUGUUGCCGAGAAUUCGCAUUGCGUGAAUAAAGCAUGCGUUUGUAAGCCCGGUUUCACCUUUGUUACAGAUAAGAAAUGCGCUCCAACUUACACCGGGCGAUUUUGCAACUCCGAUCAAGAUUGUUUCGAUGUUAACCGAGCAGCCUGUUCAGAUGACCACAAAUGUACAUGCAGAGAAAAUAGUUUUGCAAGAAUUGAUAAUGAUAUUUGUUUAUCGUUAAUAGAAGGUUAUUGUUCCAAAGAUUCUGAUUGCGUUCCUUUAAAUUCCGUUUGUCAAAAUAAUUAUUGUGCUUGCGAUUACAUGUUUAUAGCUGUAUCUAAUCGUGAAUGUAAAUUAUGUAAGCUAAAUUGUCAUCUACCUUAUUUAGGACAGACUUGCAACAAAAAUGAAGAUUGUAUUGAUACUAAUCGAGCAAUAUGUUCUGAAGAUAAAAAAUGUGUUUGUAAAGAAAAUCAUACUCCAUCUGAAGACGCAGUAUGUGUGCCGUUAGUGGGUGGAUAUUGUUGGCGUCACGAAGAUUGUAUACCUGAUAACACUAAUUGUGUAGGUGAUAGAUGUCGAUGUAAAGAACAUUUUGAGCUUCGAUCUAGUAAUCACUGCGUACGAAAACUUUUGGGACAGCAUUGUAAAGUUAAUGCAGAUUGCGAAGAUAUCAGAUACGCAAAAUGUUCCGAAGACUAUUUGUGUGUUUGUAAAAACAACCAUUAUGCAAUCGAUGAUACCACGUGUGGAUCAUUAUUGAACGGUUUCUGUAUUCAAAAUGAAGAAUGCGAAGUAUAUAAUUCGAUUUGUGUCAAUCAAAAAUGUCAGUGUAAGGUCGGAUUUAUUCAAGAGUCAAAAUUUCGAUGUGCUUCAGCUUCUUUGAAUAAAAACUGCGACACGGAUGAAGACUGUGGAAAUAUUUGGCGAUCGGAGUGCUCAGAUAGUAAAACAUGUUUUUGCAAAGCGAAUCACACUGUAGUUGACGGUUCACAAUGUGCGCCAUUACUUGGCGAAUUUUGUCUUAAUGCCGAUGACUGUGCACCACAUCGGUCUGUGUGCUUCAAAAGUAAAUGUGACUGUCAAUCAGGUUUUGUAGCUCAAUCCAAUACUGAAUGUAUACCAGCUCUGUUGGGAAAACCUUGUGAAAUGGAUAUAGAUUGCAGUGGAAUAAAUCAUUCAAAAUGUUCAAAAAGUAAUGUUUGUAUUUGUAGAGAAAAUAAUAUUGCAGUAAGCAGUUCUAGUUGCGAACCACUUUUGGGCAGUUUUUGUUGGAAGAAUGAAAAAUGCGCUCCAGAUAAUUCUGUUUGUUUGCAAAAUGAAUGUCGAUGUAAACCUUUUUUUAUGCCACUAUCUUCUACUCAUUGCGUUUGUUUUGAUUCAUUUUUGAUAGAAUAUUUUAUUUUCUUAGUGCCGCUAGGAGAAUUUUGUGUGAAACAUUCUGAUUGCAUCACAGUGAGUUAUCUAAAAUGUUCGCAACAUAACAAAUGUGUUUGUAGAGCAAUUUACGUUGAAGAAAAUCAAACUAAUUGCAGGCCUCUUUUGAACGGAAUUUGUCUGACUGAUGAUGACUGUUUACCUGAUCAUUCUGAAUGUGUUAAUGGUAAAUGCAGGUGCCAGAAAACAUUUAUACCUGCGUCCAAUGAUCAAUGUAUACCAGUUGAACCCCUCAAGCAAUGUAAUAGUGACAAAACUUGUAACGACCGAAACACAAAUUGUAACGAAGACAAUGAAUGUGAAUGUGCAGUAUUGUAUGAAAAGAGAAACGGAACGUGCAUGCCAUUGAUAGAACAUUUUUGUUUCAAAGGCGAUGUAUGUUUUCCCAAUCACUCUGAGUGCGUCAAUGGUAUAUGCCACUGUAAAGAUCAUUUUACAGCUCACUCCAAUAAUCUAUGCUUACCAAUUGAUUGA